AUGAUUUGUUUUCGUUUUCGAUUUCGUUAAAAAGUGGGUGUGUUCUGUGUACCUGAACCAUUAUUUAUUUACUAGGCAAGAACAGUAAAAUGAUUAAAAUCAGUGCCUUAUCUUGUUUGUUAUUUUUUAUAUCGAUUACGUUUAGCGUAGCCCUAGAGUGCUAUGUGUGUGAUAAACAAGAAGAUAAUAAGGGAAAAUGUGUAACUACUAUUCAAACCUGCAACUAUGGAGAAGAUGUAUGUUUAUCAGAAAUAAGUUGGGGUAGUACCCCUUACUGGCAGCAAGGAGCGUUGAAGCAAUAUUACAUAUCAAAAAGGUGUGCUACGAAAGAGAAGUGUGAGAGAUACCGGUCUAGUAACAUGGGUACUUGCACUCAUAUCUGGUAUCAGGACUGGAAAUGUUCUGAAUGUUGCAAAGGAGAUCGCUGUAAUUAUUAUAUCAUCUCUGGAGCAGAAAAAAUUAAAUUUGUUUCUGGAGUAAUGCUUACAACAUUGUUGGUUUUUAUGUAUUUAUAAUUUGUAAGACUAGAUCUAAUACCAUUUUCUCUAACGUGAAUAAGUAUAGGUGGCCGAGAUAUUAUUUUUUAUUUAAUAUCUUAUUUAAGUUGACAUUAAUUAUUGCUUUCAUUUAUACACAUUUACUUUGUCAUGACAUGAACAUUUUAGAUUUUUUAAUUUUAAACAUUGAUAUCCAAUCGUUCCGUCCAUGUUUUAUACCUAAGACUAUGUUAUGUAGGUAAGCUGUUAUUGUUUUAAUAAAAUAUAAUAUGUAAAUAAUUACCAUGUUGUUCAAAUGGUAUUAACUAUAUUUACCUAGUUUUAUGAUGAAGAGUGUAACAAAUUAUUUUUACAAAUAAAUAUGUUAGUCUUUGUAGCCAAAUUGCAAAUUUCAAAAAAAAAAUUAAAUAGUUUGGUUAGUUGUGAACUGAAAAUUGGUACACAUUAAUAAUCCUUAUGUUAUAUCCCACUUCUGAUGAUCAUAAAACUUUUUACAUGAAUCUCAAUAACUCAAAUACUUUUCAAAGUUCUAAUAAUUUGAGAGCAAUGUGUCCAAACAUAAUUGAAAAGUUAUAUUUCUGUGUGAAUCGUUAGGCUUUUUUCGCGAGUGAAGUCGUAUGUUGUGGUAUGUAUAGUAUGAGUGAGUGAAAAGAUUUAAACUACCAUAUGACAACUAGGAUCAAAAGAGAUCGAAAUAAUGACUACAAGUCAGAUAUUCAGUCACGAAAAAAAAGCCUCUUGUCUCUGAACAUAAUUCUUAAGCAUCUCAUAGUAUGCUGUGUGUUGAAAUUGUAAUUUCUUUAUAGCUGUUUUAAAUUUUUAUAUUUUUAUAUCACUCAUACAAUUCGUUUUAUAUCCAAUUAAUUAUAAUUUGGAGCUAAUAGCACAUAUAUGUUUUUGUAGAAUUUAUUUCUUGUCCGUUAAUAAAGGCAGUUAUAGAGUUAUAUCAUAAUACAAAAACUAAAAGAUAUAUUUCCGUGAAUUAUAAAGAAUCACUUGGCAGAUGAUGUCACAUGGAGAAUGAUUUAAGUAGUUCAAUAAUAAAGCUUAUGCCAAUAGUUUGUGGUAAUGUAAUUAAUAAAAAAGAAAGCUAUAAAUAUACGUCAGUAUUGUUAACGGCACUGCCCUAGCACGGACGAUAUCGUCAAAUCGCUAAUACUCUCCACGUGACGUCAUAACAUGGCCGCUGGUUUACGCAAUGCGCAAUAUCAAAUUUCUUAGUAUUUGUAUCAUGUUGUUAUAUUAAGUAUAUUGCAGUCCUUGCACACUGUUGUAUAUAAGAUAUUUUUUCUACUUUUAAUAAAAACUUUUUAGGAA